AUGGAUCAAGGCCCUCAGCAGGACCGAGAUGCUCAAGAAGCUCCCUGGCCUCCCGAGGUGUCAAAAUCCCUGACAGGACCCGUAAAAUGGCGGCAAAUCUGCACCUCUCCUGGUGUCAGGAUGCAAUUCAACGGGGAGAUCGCCAAUGCAUUUGAUCAAGUACCAUCGCCAUCAUUCGCCGCUGUUGCCAAGCGCGCCAGAACGGGAUGUGACUUCGAAGAAACCCAGUGUGACAACCCUCCCCCUUCUACGGACGAUCCUCGCGAACAAAGUAGUUUGGAUCCCUCUCUCUAUCCGUUGCGGGACAAGUUUGUGGAGUGUCUAGCCGCGACCCCCGUGAGUGGCCGUGACCUUGCGUCCUUGGUGGCCCUCGGCCUACUCAAUUUCGCCAGUUACGCAAAAGGCUACUCGAAUUACCAGCCGCUUGAGCGUUCAUCUUCUUGCAGCUACAGUAGUAUGAGGGCGCCAUUCUUGGCCUCUAGAUGCGACACUUCGCUUAGCCCAGCUGAAGACAACAUUCGACGCAUAUGGAAACAUAGAUGGCCUUCUGCAUAUGGGAGUGACUGA